UGGACGUUAGCUUGAAUUUUAUCGAAGUCUCAAUUUGAAAUAUUGAAAUUAAUCAGUUACAUAAAUAUUAGCGUAAAUAAUCCGUAUCAGUAUUAAAUAAACUAUAGCUUACUUGUGAAUUUAAAGCUCGUAGGAAAAAUCGACAAAAUGGAAAAAGUGUCGUCAGUAUCUGUGGAUAACUUCUUGGCGAACUGGAAUAGUCUGUUGCCGGAUAUUCCGCUAACGACGGCGGACUUAAUGCGACCUCAGGCUGUUAUGAUGCAUGUGAUGUAUAUAUUUGAACGUCAUGGUGUUAGCAGGGAUGCUGUGUUAAUGCCUCCAGAAGAUUCAGAUGAGCACAUAACAUACUACCUUGACCUACUUCCGGUGAUCAACACCAUACGCAUCGUCAACCACUUGGUAUCCAUCCUGCCAGAAGCCAACCUGUGUUUCCGCAUCAUGGAUCUGCUUCAGCCAACCACUUAUAGGUCAUACACCAUCCUGAUAGUGCUUUUCAACCAGAUGAUGUUUAAUGAUUCCAGGUUGGCUGAUAUUGCAGCCAAUGAGGAGGAAAUUUUUGCAUGGAAGGAUGAGGUAAAAGCUUUAACCGAAAAGAAGGAUAAUAUUAUUCAAAUGAGGAACAAGGAGGCUGCAGAGAAGGGUAACAGAGCAGAACUCCUAGAGCAGCUUCAGCAUGACAUACCAUUAUUGAAAGAGGAGGUCAAGCAGGAAAAUGAGGUAGAGGCGGAAGUAGUAAAGGAGUUGGAGGCCAUCACUGAAGAGAACAAACAGACUGAUAUUCUGCUGGAACAGAAGAAGGCUCACAGGGAUGGCAUCCUGGCCGAAAAUGCAAGGAAGAAGGCUUUGAAGGUUUAUGAUGCUGAAGACAUCAGAGGUCAGGUUGAGCAAGCGGCACAGAACUUCAGAGAGGUGGAGGAAAAGCUGAGCACCCUCUCAGCAACUCUCACACAGAAGGAGAGCAGCCUGCAGAACCUGCAGUCAUUGAAGCCCACAUUGGACCAGACCAACACAUUCCUGCACGACAUUAUGAAAAUGGCUGAAAGCAUUAAGGAGUUGGAGAACGGCGACCUGGACACGGACGGCGCGGAGGGCGAGCUGGCCGUGCUGAGCACGGAGGCGGGCGAGCUGCAGGCCGCGCGCGCCGACGCCGAGCACGCCGCGCAGCGCGCCGCCGCCCGCCGCAAGGAGCGCGCGCACCACAGGGCCGUGGCGCAAGCCAACCGAGACAGGGAGAACGGCGACCUGGACACGGACGGCGCGGAGGGCGAGCUGGCCGUGCUGAGCACGGAGGCGGGCGAGCUGCAGGCCGCGCGCGCCGACGCCGAGCACGCCGCGCAGCGCGCCGCCGCCCGCCGCAAGGAGCGCGCGCACCACAGGGCCGUGGCGCAAGCCAACCAGGACAGCGUCCUGAAGGAGUCAGAAGAGAAGCACCGUCGCGCGUGCGAGGAGGCGGAGCGCGCCGCGCGGCUCACGCAGGCCAGCAAGGAGGCCACGCUCAAGCACGAGCAGGAGAAGGCCGCCGGCACCGCCGAGCUCGCGCACAUCACGGACCUCUUCACCGGCAGCGCCAGCAAGGAGGCCACGCUCAAGCACGAGCAGGAGAAGGCCGCCGGCACCGCCGAGCUCGCGCACAUCACGGACCUCUUCACCGGCAGCGCCAGCAAGGAGGCCACGCUCAAGCACGAGCAGGAGAAGGCCGCCGGCACCGCCGAGCUCGCGCACAUCACGGACCUCUUCACCGGCAGCGCCAGCAAGGAGGCCGCGCUCAAGCACGAGCAGGAGAAGGCCGCCGGCACCGCCGAGCUCGCGCACAUCACGGACCUCUUCACCGGCAGCGCCAGCAAGGAGGCCGCGCUCAAGCACGAGCAGGAGAAGGCCGCCGGCACCGCCGAGCUCGCGCACAUCACGGACCUCUUCACCGGCAGCGCCAGCAAGGAGGCCACGCUCAAGCACGAGCAGGAGAAGGCCGCCGGCACCGCCGAGCUCGCGCACAUCACGGACCUCUUCACCGGCAGCGCCAGCAAGGAGGCCGCGCUCAAGCACGAGCAGGAGAAGGCCGCCGGCACCGCCGAGCUCGCGCACAUCACGGACCUCUUCACCGGCAGCGCCAGCAAGGAGGCCACGCUCAAGCACGAGCAGGAGAAGGCCGCCGGCACCGCCGAGCUCGCGCACAUCACGGACCUCUUCACCGGCAGCGCCAGCAAGGAGGCCGCGCUCAAGCACGAGCAGGAGAAGGCCGCCGGCAGCGCCGAGCUCGCGCACAUCACGGACCUCUUCACCGGCAGCGUGAUACCUUACACCAGCACUAGAGUGCACCGAGCUAACUCUGCAGGCCAGCAAGGAGGCCACGCUCAAGCACGAGCAGGAGAAGGCCGCCGGCACCGCCGAGCUCGCGCACAUCACGGACCUCUUCACCGGCAGCGUGAGUACCUUACACCAGCACUAGAGUGCACCGAGCUAACUCUGCAGGCCAGCAAGGAGGCCGCGCUCAAGCACGAGCAGGAGAAGGCCGCCGGCCGCCGAGCUCGCGCACAUCACGGACCUCUUCACCGGCAGCGUGAGUACCUUACACCAGCACUAGAGUGCACCGAGCUAACUCUGCAGGCCAGCAAGGAGGCCACGCUCAAGCACGAGCAGGAGAAGGCCGCCGGCACCGCCGAGCUCGCGCACAUCACGGACCUCUUCACCGGCAGCGUGACAACUAUGCAAAACAAUCUUCUCAACAAAAUGAAGGAAGUCUACAAGAGGGUCGAAGAACAAAACCAGAGACACCGAAAGUUGUGAAAGUUUUAUAUUUUUAUCAUAUCAUUAUUCAUUAUCAUUAACAAUGGCUGAAGACUAUAAAAUAUGAUGAUGUGAUGUGUUAAAUUAAGUCUAGCCUAUAAAUAUCUGUAUUUUAAUGUAGCUAUACUAGCUACCAUCGUUUUUUCAAUAAAAAAUAUAAAAAGCAGAAA